CUCCUGGUGCAGACUCGACGACACACAGCCACUGAUCCGUCGCUGAGAUAAAACUCUGCCGCUGACGUUACAGAUCGGAGCUUGAAUGAACUGGGAUUAGAAAGCUGCGUCUCCAUGUCCGCAGCGACGGCUCUGGUCCAGUUCCAGCUCGGCCUGUUCAGGGAGGUGGUUCGAGUCCCGGCUGGGAACCUGAGCUACCGCCAUGCGAAGAGGCUGGCUGCAGAGGUCAUCGAGCGGAAGGCUCCAGACUGCAGCGUGGUCGGCGUCGGGGAGAAGAUUCUGCUGUUCAGACAUCAGCCUGACUCGGAGCAGCUGCUGCAGCGUCUGACCAAUCAGGACGAGCUGCAGGACGGAGACCUGAUCGAGGUCGUCAUCGCAGGGUCAGCCUCUGUGACUGAGAUGAGGAUCCGUCCACACUCCCUGGUGGUGCAGUCGUACCGGACCCCCACCUUCUGUCAUCACUGUGGGGAGAUGCUGUGGGGCCUCGUCCGUCAGGGGUUGAAAUGUGACGGGUGUGGAUUGGACUUCCAUAAACGCUGCGCUUUCCUGUUGCCCAACAACUGCAGCCGAGCACGACGUCGGGUCAGCACCAGCCUCUCUCUGUUCCCCCCCCGACGACCCCGGGCACACUCCCUCUCCAAUCAGGCCGGAGGCAGCCUGGAGGAGAUCAGCACCACCAGGCCCUCCUCCAGGCCUCCGUCCUGGGCAGAGCCCCCGGUGUGGCUGGGAGUGGGCGGAGGCAGGGUUCAGGUGCCUCACACCUUCCACAUCCACAGCUACACCAAACCCACCGUGUGCCAGCACUGCCACCGGCUGCUCAGAGGGCUCUUCAGACAGGGGCUGCAGUGCUCGGACUGCAGGUUCAACUGCCACCGCCGCUGCGAGCCUCUGGUGCCCAGGGCCUGUCCGGGCGAGAGGAGCCGCGCCAACGGGGAAGAAUCCACAGCAGCUGGUGACAGCGGUCCACCGGACCCAGAGGAUGAUGAGGUCAUCACCACGCCACACGCCUCUGAUGACGACAUGUCCUCUGACGGCGACUCCCCCGCCGACACCAAGGAAGUGGAGCAAGGGCGAGAACCAAUGAGUCCGUGCUUCAGCAGCAACAUCCCUCUGAUGAGACUCGUCCAGUCGGUGCACCACAGUAAGAGGAGAGCCGGGGGGGUCCUGAGGGAGGGGUGGCUGCUGCAUCACACCAGCACAGACACAAUGAGGAAACGUCAUUACUGGAUCCUGGACUGGAAGAGCAUCACCCUGUACCCGAGCGAGAGCAGCACCAAGUACUACAAAGAGAUCCCUCUGUCUGAGGUGCUGCAGGUCCGAGGCUCCGCCCAGCUCACCACGCCUCUGUCACCAGGAGACGGCGCCCACUCCUUUGAGGUGGUGACGGCCUCGCUGGUGUACUGCGUGGUGGCCGGAGAGGAGGGGCCGGCGUGGGAGAGCGCCAUCCACCAGGGCCUGAUGCCCGUGGAGAGCAGCGGGGGAGGGAGCGGCGAGGAGGAGCACGAUCAACGUUCACACAGCGCGGACGUCAGCUCCGUGUAUCAGAUCUUUACAGACGAGGUGCUGGGGUCGGGGCAGUUUGGAGUCGUGUACAGAGGUACUCACAGGAAGUCGGGGCGAGCAGUCGCCAUCAAGGUCAUCGACAAGACUCGUUUUCCCACCAAACAAGAGACUCAUCUGAGGAAUGAAGUUUCCAUCCUGCAGAAUCUGUCACACAACGGUGUGGUUCUGUUGGAGGGGAUGUUCGAGACCGUCCAGUACGUCUUUGUCGUCAUGGAGAAGCUCCACGGAGACAUGCUGGAGAUGAUUCUGUCCAAUGAGAAAGGACGACUCCCUGAACGCAACACGCGCUUCCUGGUGAUGCAGAUCCUCGAGGCGCUGCGUUACCUGCACUUCAAACACAUCGCUCACUGUGACCUCAAACCGGAGAACGUUCUCCUGGCCUCGGCCGAGCCCCUCCCUCAGGUGAAGCUGUGCGACUUCGGCUUCGCCCGCAUCAUCAGCGAGAAGUCCUUCCGCCGCACGGUGGUGGGGACGCCGGCCUACCUGGCGCCCGAGGUCAUCAGCAGCAGCGGCUACAACCGCUCGCUGGACAUGUGGUCAGUGGGCGUGAUCAUGUACGUGAGCCUGAGCGGGACGUUCCCCUUCAACGAGGACGAGGACAUCAAACAGCAGAUCACCAACGCCACCUUCAUGUAUCCACGGCAACCGUGGGCCUCCAUCUCACUGGAGGCUGUGAGUCUCAUCAACAACCUGCUGCGGGUGUCGCUCAGACAGAGGUUCAGCGUGGGCAGAGCUCUGGGACACCCCUGGCUGCAGGACUUCCAGCUGUGGUGCGACCUCCGGGCGUUCGAGCAGAGGAUGGGCUGCAGGUACCUGACGCACCGAGGGGACGAGGAGCGCUGGACACGCUUGGCCCAGGAGAGAGGCCUGGACUUCCCCUCCCACCUCUGCUGGGAGCCUGACGACGACCCUGACAUGUGAGGUCGGGGGUUCAAGGUCAGACAUUCAGUCUUUAGAUCCUGAUUCGUUAGUCAGCAGUGAACCACAUGACGUCGUUACACUUGUUUUACUGUGGUCAACUUUAGAGUUUAAGAAACACCGUGUAGCUGUUAGUGAGCAACAGCGCCCCCUGCAGCCACACAUGGUGAUUAACUGUGAGUCUCCUUGAUCCACGUCGUUUGUCAAGCUGCUGUUUUGCUUUAAGGGAAAAUGGAAGAAUCAAGAGAAACCAAUCACCCUUAAGUUUUAAUGAAAAUAACGACACGAGAAACUAGUGUUUAAUCAUUUGUUUUAUUCCAAGUUGUGGUGUUUUGCGUGGCACUGUGUGAAAGUGGGUUUUGGUGGCGUCAGUGAUGAACAGUGAGUUGAGGAUGAAGGACGGAGAAGAAUGAGGAGAACUCGCACUGCUUUAAUCAUGGCCGACCUGUCAUUAACCCCACGAGCCCCUCGCUGACAGAGGUCUGCCACGGUCCCACGUACAGGAUCGAUUCUUCUUUAUCAGUCCGCAACUUCCCUGACGCCCUGUCGUCUGUCUCACUGCUCGACGCCCCCUCUCUAAGCCCCUCCUCCUCCGGAGAGGCGUGGGACGUCUCUCUGUGGCCAUAACGUUUGUCUUUCCGUCUUCCCUCUGAGCCACGGCCCUCUCACUUUUAUCUUCAUUUACCCACAGUGCUUUGCUUCGAGUUGCUCUCUCUCCGUUUAUCACUCAGCCCUUCAGAGUCUAGAUUCUCUCAUUCAUCCUCCGUUUGUUCCUGCGCUUCCUAAAGGUUCUAAGAUCCCCGGGAUAAAGAUGAUAGUUGCUAACGUUCAUGUUUCACAGUGGUACUUUUAAUGUUUCACUUGAGAGUGUUUGGUGGUUACGCUCGGGCCACACGGGCUGCGUGAGCGUCGCGUGGGCGCCGCAGAGAGUUGAGCUUUGGUUCUCAGGUUGGGACUAAACUGAGCCGUGCUGCUCUUCUGGAGCCGGAGUUCACCGAGCUCGGUUCGAACACACGAAGAGAAUCAAAUACGUCACAAACAUCUGCAGCACUUCCUGUUUCAGAGUAAAAGCACUCCAGCGUUUCUGUUGACAAUAACAAGAUAAGUAUUGUAGUUGCAGGACCAGAAGCUGCGUUUAGUUAACGCAGUACUUUUAUUCCAGAAAACACAGUAAUUAUACCAGUACCCUGACUUGCAGCUAGCAGACACGCUGCCUGUGUGAACGCACGAGACGCGGCCGCCACGCGCUGCUCACGCCCUCGGUGUGGCCCGGACUCGAACCCCUGACUUUCCUCUGCUGACCGCGACGCUAACAGGCUGCUGACGAUGGGUUUUACACGAUUUAAGAGUCUGAGACUCGCAGCAUUUCUAAACUUCAACAUAGCAUGCAUCUGCACAAAUACACAACCAACAAGCCAACUGACCAACCAGCUUUUUCAUCACAUUUUCUUCUUUAAUUACCCUUCUACAAAAAUAUGUCAU